GCCCGGACUUCUCCUCUGCCGGUCAUGACGGCGGGCAUGAUUUAGUCCGCGCAUCUCCACCCCGGACGGACAUCAACCCGCACACUGCCGACUCACUCAAAUAGCUCAUACCAAGUCUCCUUUUCUCUUAUUGAUGUUACCCAUCGCUUGAGCAUCAUCAUAUAGAAUCGUCCCAAAAACUAACAAUGGGCGACGUACUCCUCAUUGGCGACCUCAAGUUCGUCGACCCGGAGUGGUCAUCCCUCUCCUCCGAACCAGGCGUAUCAGCGCUCCACGAGUACCGCACCGGCAGUCGCGAUGAUUUCCUCAGCAAGCUGAGUUCAGGCACAUAUGGCAACAUCGUCGCCCUCUACCGGUCCAACGACUCUACGAAGGUCACGGGGCCUUUUGACGAGGAGCUCAUCUCCAAGCUACCCUCUUCGCUCCGGUACAUCUGCCACAGCGGCGCAGGCUACGAUAACAUUGACGUGGCCGCCGCCACCCGGCGCGGCAUCCAGGUCUCCAGCACCCCGCAGGCCGUCGACAAUGCUACGGCUGACACAGCUGUGCUCUGUAUGCUCGGUGCGCUGCGCCUCGCCAACGUUGGCAUGGACAUUCUCCGAAGGGGACGAUGGGGACAAGAGCCGCUACCCACGGCACACGAUCCGCAGGGAAAAGUUCUCGGCAUUCUGGGCAUGGGGAGCAUAGGACGCAACUUUGCCGCCAAGGCACGGGCCUUUGGGAUGACGAUCCAGUAUCACAACCGUUCGCGGCUGGCCCCCGAGGCAGAGGAGGGCGCGCGGUACGUGUCGUUCGAGGAGCUGCUGCGGACAAGUGACGUGCUGAGCCUGAACCUGAACCUGAGCAAGGCCACGGAGCAUAUCAUCGGCAAGGACCAGCUGGCCAUGAUGAAGAAGGGCGUCACGAUUGUCAACACGGCGCGGGGCAAGCUGAUGGAUGAGGCGGCGCUGGUGGAGGCUCUGAACGAUGGUGAUCGGAUAUGGAGCGUGGGGCUGGAUGUGUUUGAGGAGGAGCCCAAGGUGCAUCCGGGGCUGAUUGACAAUCCGCGCGUGUUCUUGCUUCCGCAUAUCGGCACGUUGACGUUUGAGACACGGCGCGCGAUGGAAAUGCUUGUCAUCGACAAUAUUAAGUCUGCUCUGACGACUGGGAAACUCAUCACACGCGUCAAGGAGCAGGAUAAUAUGGAUGGUGCCAAGUGAGGGUGCAGGCUCUGUACAGGCAAGCAAUUUGUUCUGAGCCAGCAUGGGUACUAUACUGUACGAAGAUGUGGUUUGUAUUCCAGCAUCGGGGGGCUGGUGUUUGAUGUCACAAGCCGAGUCGGCAGCUGGAACAUCUACUUUUUUCGGGUUUUGGUGUGUCUGUGGCAAGGGAUCAGGCAAAGACUUACAGAUCGUAAUUCAUUCGCUCCAAGUCUCAAUGAGCAUGGCGCAAGCUGUCCUGUCCUGACGGUAGAAAACGAAGAGGUGACGAGCC